CCAAAUCCAAAGUGGGAGCUAAAGAAAGCCUGGUCUGAAUCUUCUUUUUUCCCAAAAAAUCAACAAUUAUGUUAAAAUUAAGUACAUUAAUUUAUUAUUUCAUCAUCAAAUUGAUAUUGAGUUCAGUCCAGCUUGUUCUGCUGAUUCUCUGUGGUUUGCCACUGUGUAUGCAGUAAUACAUACUUACCACUAGAUGACAACAGUUUCCUAGUUGCUUGACUUUAAUUAUGUUUCCCAGAAGCAUUACAGUAAUCUUGAAUGGAAAUUUGAUUGAAAGAGCUAGGGGAAAAAAGCUCCCACAGCAUCCAUUUGUAACCUAUCAUCAUUCACUUGCAUGUGGCUGAAGAACCUGCAAUCAUAUUAAAAGAAAAUGUGGCACAGUCACUGGGAACAUUUUUCACUCUAUUAAUCAUAGACUCAUCACAGGUAAUCACUAACGUUGCAUCUAACUGCGCUUGCACAGCUUUAUUCAUCAUUACAAUCUCAACAAGCUGUGUGUAAACAAACUCAACAUGAUUGGUGGCACAUGACUAAACCUUUGCGCCUGUCUUUUAGAGAGCUGGAGGGAUCAGACCUGUUACUAGGACAGACAAAAGCUGCCAAUCUGCUGCAUGCUGUGUUGAAGGUGGCCACAUGCGUCGUUUGGAGAGUUGCAUGCUUCUUCAGCCCCUGAAACCCACCUUUAUUUGCAGUGCAGCCUUGGAUCCGCAGUGGAACCACAGUCCGCCCGGGCGCCCAGCCUUCGGGCCGGAGACGCUCCACACCAGCAACUACUCUCUGGUGUUACUGAUCCAGCUCAGCCUGCUCUCCUUUGACCUGUUUGUCAACUCCUUCAGUGAGCUGCUGAGGACAGAGCCAGCUGUGCAGCUGGUACUUUUCAUAAUCCAGGACAUUGCCAUCCUGUUUAACCUGAUCAUCAUUCUGUUGAUGCUGUUCAACACCUAUGUGUUCCAGGUUGGACUGGUUGCCAUAUUGCUGGAGCGGUUUAGAACCAUGCUAAUGCUAUCUGCUCUUUACUUGACCUUCAGCAUCAUACUCCAUUCUUGGCUUAUGAAUCUGCGCUGGUUAAAUACAAACAGAUUUAUUUGGACCGAAGGUCUUCAGGUGCUUUUUGUGUUUCAAAGAGCUGCUUCUGUGCUGUACUACUACUUCUACAAGAGGACCUCAGAGUAUCUGGGUGACCCUCGCCUCUAUGAGGAUUCACCGUGGCUGAGAGAUAUGUUUUUCACGGGUCAGACAAUGAUCUCUCUAAAACAGAUCACACCAACACACAGAUGCCUAGUUUAA